AAAAUUCAAAUGCACGUCACUUUAAAUGAGAGAAAGUCAGAAAAUGUGUUGUUUAAUUUGCUCACCGGUUGAGCGCCAGUGAUUAUACUUAAUUUUUUAUAUUAAUUGUGAUUGUUUUUGUUCUGUUUUUUUUGUUCAUCAACAAUCUAAAUUUCAGUAUUACUAGUGGUCAACAAUCAGCUUCGAUUGAACCAGGAUGACAGUAGCGGUGGAUCAAUACAACUCUGCCGGUUGGCUACAGAGACAUUUUUCUUUGGCUAGGCAAGAGAAAUUGCUUCAAUUAUUUAUCUUAUUAACGGCUGCAAUUUUAUCUUUCUCUGUUCGUUUAUUUUCUGUUCUUCGUUAUGAAAGUGUCAUCCAUGAGUUCGAUCCUUAUUUCAAUUACCGUACUACACAAUAUUUGACGGAAAAAGGAUUUUACGAUUUUCUUAAUUGGUUUGAUGAUCGAGCUUGGUAUCCACUAGGACGUAUUAUUGGAGGAACCAUUUAUCCUGGUCUUAUGGUCACAUCAACAGCUCUCUACAAUUUUUUACAUUUUCUCAAUAUUAAUAUUGAUAUUAGAAAUGUUUGCGUUUUUCUUGCUCCAUUAUUCUCAAGUUUCACCACAAUAGUUACUUACUUGUUAACUAAAGAGCUUUAUAAUUCAUCUGCGGGUUUAGUUGCUGCAGCUAUGAUCUCAAUUGUGCCCGGUUACAUCUCUCGUUCAGUUGCUGGUUCAUAUGAUAAUGAAGGAAUUGCCAUUUUCUGUAUGCUCCUUACUUAUUAUUUUUGGAUCAAAGGAGUGAAAACUGGUAAAAUUAUUUGGUCAGCAAUGUGUUCACUUGCUUAUUUCUACAUGGUAUCUUCUUGGGGUGGCUACGUUUUCCUUAUCAAUCUGAUUCCUCUCCACGUAUUAACUUUAAUGAUCACUGGACGAUUCAGCCAUCGAAUCUAUGUCGCCUACUCUGUUGUUUACAGCUUAGGAACUCUGUUAUCAAUGCAGAUACCAUUUGUCGGAUUUCAACCUGUACAAUCUAGCGAACACAUGGCUGCUUUAGGUGUUUUUGGCUUAUGUCAACUCUUUGCCUUUAAUGAAUAUCUUAAAGCAAAACUUUCCAAGCCAAACUAUGACUUUUUGUUUCGAUCUUUGGUCGUAGGAUUAGCAGUUUUGGGCUUUUUGACUGGACUUUUCUUGACAAUCAUUGGAAAAAUCUCUCCAUGGACUGGACGAUUUUAUUCCCUUCUGGAUCCUUCUUACGCCAAAAACUACAUUCCUAUUAUCGCUUCUGUUUCUGAACAUCAGCCUACUUCAUGGUCGUCGUUUUACUUUGACUUACAGCUUCUUCUUUUCCUAUUUCCUGUCGGUCUUUACACUUGUUUCAAGCAAGUUAAUGAUGCCAAUAUAUUUAUUAUUCUUUAUGGUUUGACAAGUAUUUAUUUUGCUGGAGUUAUGGUUCGGUUGAUGCUUGUCUUGGCUCCAGUUAUGUGCAUUCUAUCUGGUAUUGGAAUUUCUUCAAUGCUUACUCGAUAUUGUAAACAAAUUGAUCCUACUCCACCAAAUGUGCCAACUGGCGCAUCCGGAGCUGCUCAUUCAACUAUUGGAGCGCACAGUAAAACUUCGUCAACUCAAAAAAGAAAACAACAAAGAUUCGAAAAUAAUUUUUUCAUGAAAAAUGAAAUUGCAACCUUCUUUAUUGGGCUAUCCGCAGUGCUUUUGUGUAUGUAUAGCUAUCACUGUAUUUGGGUAACUAGUGAAGCUUACUCAGCGCCUUCAAUUGUCCUCUCUGCCCGAAGUCACGAUGGAUCACGAAUUGUAUUCGAUGAUUUUCGUGAAGCCUACUAUUGGUUGCGACAAAAUACCCCUGAAGAUGCUAAAAUAAUGUCUUGGUGGGAUUAUGGUUAUCAAAUUUCUGCCAUGGCUAAUCGCACAAUCAUUGUUGAUAAUAACACUUGGAAUAACACCCACAUUUCAAGAGUUGGCCAGGCAAUGGCCUCUAGUGAAGAUAAAGCUUAUGAAAUUAUGAAAGAAUUGGAUGUGAAUUAUGUUUUGGUUAUAUUUGGUGGUUUAACUGGUUAUUCAUCUGAUGAUAUUAACAAAUUUCUUUGGAUGGUAAGAAUUGGAGGAAGCACAGACAAAGGAAAACAUAUUAAAGAAUCUGAUUAUUACACUCCAUCAGGAGAGUUUAGAGUUGACAAAGAUGGCUCACCAAUUUUACUUAAUUGCUUAAUGUACAAAAUGUGUUACUACCGGUUCGGAUCAGUUUACACCGAAGGAGGUAAACCACCAGGCUGGGAUCGAGUUCGAGGAGCUGAAAUAGGUAAUAAAGACUUUGAGUUGAAGGUUUUGGAAGAAGCGUAUACAACUGAACAUUGGCUUGUUCGAAUUUACAAAGUUAAAGAUUUACCAAACAGAGGAUAACGCAACUUGAUCGGAUUACUUAAAUUUUGAUACAACCUUUUUUAUAUUACAUCGAACUAAAUAGUAUUUGAAAAUCAAAAGAUUAUAAAUCAAUUCAGAACAAUUUUUCAACUUAAAAUUUGUGUCGCAGCAAUCAACAUACUACUUUAUAAAGGCAAAAUAUUCUUGACAGUUUUAUUGUACGAUCUCAAAUGCUACUCCAAAGCAGAAAAGUGAAGAUCAAGAUCAAAGAGCAAGAAAUUGUGGUUAAAAUUAUGAUCGUCAAUUUGAUCCUUCAAUAAUCGCAAAACUAAAAGAUGACAAUCACAAAAAUUUACUAAAACAA